UAUAAAGUAGAAAAACGUCGCGAAAGGGAGCAGAAAAUUUUAGCUUUUCUUGUGGGUGUUAAGGGGUGGCAACGGGAGAGGGUUGUACAUUCUGUCAUGAAUUAGCACAAAAUUCCUUUCUAUUUAACCUUAAGCAGACAACUUUCUUGAGCUGCUCAAUGAAGAUGUCUUCAAUAUGCGUGGCAAGUAACUUUAAAACGCCUUCAACCUCCUCACAAAUAUAUGUGUCAAGUCAUUAAGUUGACAUCACUCAUAAUAUUUACGAGCAUAUAGGUGUUAAAGUGCAAAUAUGCUGAGCCCAUAUGACGGCCAGAUAGAAUGUCAUCAGGGCUUAAAUUCGUUGUAAAAUAAAUGUUUGUUAAGCAAUAGUGUGGAAUAUAUGAGUUUCUGACUUGAAAAUUGUAAAUUUAGUUACCUUGGCAAAGGAAAAGUUAAAUCAACAAGGAAAUUGGAAAACAUUUGCUUAAAUUGUCAAGGGUUUACUUUCAUACACAGACUAGACUAGAAAAAUUCAAAAUUUUGCCUUAAAAUGUUUGAUAAAACACCAUUUCGCCAGCCAAUCUGCAGGGUAAUACUGAAAUUUUAGCAUCAAAAGUCCAAUUUUGCACACCUAGGCCUAAGUCUAGGAAUCAUAAAAAUGUUCACAACUUAUUUAGUUGUGUCAUUGUGUGCUUUAGCGGGAGUCUCCUGUUUUCUUAUCGGUGCUCUUGUCCAACAACAUUUGUCAUAUAAGAAAAUAAAGUCUGUCAUGGUCACAGAUUCUUAUGUUUAUCAUUGCAGGCAAAACAUCUUCGAGUCAUUAUCAUUCUUGGGAGUUAAAGAUAAUAUUACCCGGUUAAGUAAUGCAACUCCGAGAAACACUGAGAGUGACAGUGUCAGAAAAUCAUACUCCCUAAUCGAGCAAUUUGCCUUGUGGAGUAGGAUAAAGGCCUAUAGAGCAAUUGGUCGAGGAAGUUAUACAGAUACGAAAUACAAUCAUAUAGCUGAUAUAAUGAAGUACGGCUUUCCGGGAUUGGAUGAGAUCCAUGUCUAUAAGAAUUUCGUACUUUCCUAUGACCGUCGCAAUCGUAUUGCCCACUGGGUAUGUGAGCACCUUACAGGAGACUGUUUAACUAUGAAAGACACACAGAAACUUGAGAAACCAAAAGCAUACAUUUCGGAUGUUACGAUACCGCAAAUGUUUAGUGCAGAUAUGCGAGAUUUUAAGAACACUCAAUUUGUUGGAGGCCAUUUGGCUUCGCCGCACAACUACGGAUGUGAUGUUGUGAAAUUUUUGGAAACUUAUAAAUUUCCCAACAUUGUACCCAUCAAUAGGAAACUUAAGAACCAUGUUUGGCAACGUUUGGAGAACUAUGUAAGGGACAUGUCCCUGGAAUGGGGUUCAAUCUAUGUUUAUACCGGUCCCAUAUUUAUGCCACAAAGGAUUACCUUCAGAAACUGGUCGACACGUUAUCAUGUGAUCGGCAUGAACACAGUGGCUGUACCAACUCAUUUCUUUAAAAUCAUUAUCAGGGAUACUACUCUGGACAAUGAGUUGCCAUUCAUGGAAGGAUAUGUUGUGCCCAAUGCUUAUGUCGACAAGGAAAUGGAUCUGUUAUCGUUUUUAGCUGAUAUCCGGGACAUUGAACACUUUGCUGGCCUUAGAUUUUGUGAUGGUCUGCAGCGUGACCGAUUGGAUUUGCCAGUUAGUCGGCCAUCUAUGACGGAUCUUGAGCAAUAGUGGUAAUAUUUGAAUAAAGUUGACGGCAAGUGUAGUAUAGUAAGCUUAUAGAAUGAUGUAAUAUCUAGAAAUUCAGCUAUAAAAAAGUUUUUAUUAUGAAA